UCGAAAAAGGGUAGAGUGGAAGUGUGUAAUGUUUGGUAAUGCUGCUACACCUAAAGCUACUUUUACAAUGUGGCUCCAACUACAUGGCCAAAUGCUUACUAGAGAUAGACUGGUGAAAUGGGGAAUGAAUGUAGGCCCUGCUUGUGUUCUUUGUGUUGGUAAUAUGGAAACUAGAGACCACCUAUUUGUGCAGUGCAAUUUCACCAAGCUUAUGUGGCAGUAUAUCCUCACUUGGCUGGGCAGAAAUGAUACAUUGGGAGGCACAUGGGCUGAUCACUUGAAGUGGGUGAUAAAGAGUGCAAAAGGGAGGACUCAACAAGCUCAAAUCUACAAAAUGGUAUAUGCUGAAACUGUCCAUGUUGUUUGGAUGGAGAGGAAUCAAAGGGUAUUUGAGAACAACACCAGAGCUGCUAAUGUGAUUGCCAGACAAAUUGCUUUUAUUUGUAAUGUACGAGCCACUCCUGGCAUUAGAGCCCUAGUACAGUCAUACUUGAUGUAAUUUCUAUUACUGCUAACUAGGUAGAAGAGGAAACAGAGGUAGAUUGAUAGAAGUAGAGGAUUGGUGCGUAUGUUUAUGUGGACAAAGCUGACUGAGGAUGUUAGCGUGCAUUGUAAUUCUUAUUCAGGUGAUUAAUAAAAGUUGU